AGCCCCCUGCCUCAAUACCCCCAACCCCUCUGCCCUCACCCCCCAGUAUCCUCAAUCUUCAACGUGCCCUGCUCCCACCCCUCUGGCCUGACCCACCCUGCCUAACUCCCUGCUUCAAUACCCUGCCACAAACCUCCUGCCCACACCCCGCAAAAUGCUUGAGCCUCAUCCCGUCCCUACCCCCAGCCUCCACAAACCCUUCUGCCCCCCAUAUUCCUGCCUGCCACUCACCCAGCCCCCAUCUGCCCCUGUCCAUGGCACCCCAGCCCCCACAAACACCCCUGCCCCCCACUACCUCACCUUCUACCCUCCACCCUCUCCCCCAAUCCCCACUCGCUCUUUGAUACCAGCUCAGCCCUCAUCCUGUCCCAUCCCUUGUCCCCCCCCCCCCCCCCAGCCACACAGCAGGGAUGUGGGUGGGGGGGUCACCCCAUGUGGAAACCCAUGGCUCCCUCCCCCUGCCCACCCCAAUCCAGCUGGGGGGCCACGGCACCUCUGUGGCCCCCUGGUGGCAGGAAUGGGAGAUUGCAGGGCAGGGGGCUUUGGGUCAGGAGUGACAGGCACCAGCAGGGUUGUGGGGGCCCUGGGCCAAGGGGGAGGGAGCCAGGGUUUGAGAUGACUGGGGGUGGGGAGUAGGAGUAGCAGGCUGUGACCUCAACCCCUCCAGGGAAGGGGCAGGGCAGGAUGCUAGGAAUUCCCAGGGCUGAGCUGGCGUCCCUGCCCCCACCCUGAGUCACUGGGGUGGGGUACACAGGGCGCCUCCCCUGCCUACAGCCUGGUACCCACUUGGUGCUCAUGGCAAAGUUGGGAGCCAGGACCAAUGAGGCCUGGAGCUCCAGAGACACACAGCCAAUCAGUUCCUGCACCCCUGGAGCCCUCUUAGCCAAUCAGGUGCUGAGCCCCAAGUUCUCUUGGUCAAUUGGGCCUUGCACUCAAGAGCCUCAGCCAAUGAGGAGCCACACGCUGGGCAUUGCACUCCCAGUUUCCCCAGGCCAGUGGGCGGUGGGGAAUUCCAGGCCAUCCCAUGGUCUAGAGCAGGUACCUGGUCACCCACGCCAGAGGCUGGAUGGACAGGGACACAGACAGAUUGACAGCAGCCUCCUGACGGGACAGACGGGCAGACAGACACACGCGCACCAUGAGGGGCCCAGAAGUUGUGGCUGCCAUCCUACUUAUGGCGCUCUGCACCCAGGCGCUGAUCCAGGUCCCUCUCAAAAAGUUCCCCACAGUGCGGAACCGCUUUAGGAAGACGGGGAUCCCCAUUUCUGAUCUGGUGAAAAGCAAAUGGGGGGACAAGAACCGGGCCGUGGCCCCCCAGCGCCUCCACAACUACAUGGACGCCCAGUACUACGGAGAGAUUAGCAUUGGGACCCCCCCGCAGCGCUUCACUGUCGUCUUUGACACUGGCUCUGCUAAUCUGUGGGUGCCCUCAUCUCGCUGCUGCCUGCUGCACCUGGCUUGCUGGGUGCACACCCACUACCGCUCCCUCUUCUCCUGCACCCACAAGAAAAAUGGCACUGACUUCUCCAUCCACUAUGGCAGCGGCAGCCUCAAAGGCUUCCUCAGCCAGGACACCGUCAUUGUGUCCAACGUGACAGUGCAGAACCAGACGUUUGCAGAAGCCGUCAACCUCCCAGGGCUAGUGUUCGUGGCAGCCAAGUUUGACGGGAUCCUAGGGUUGGCGUACCCCAAUAUCUCGGUGCGUGGCAUCACCCCAGUCUUUGACAACAUGAUGGAACGUGGCCUCCUGGACCAGAAUGUUUUCUCCUUCUACCUCAGCAGGAACUCAUCCGACAAUGUUGGGGGGGAGCUUCUCCUAGGAGGCAUCAACAAGGAGCGGUACAAAGGGGAUCUGCACUACAUCCCGGUAUCCCGCAAGGCAUACUGGCAGGUGCUCAUGAACAACAUAAUAUUGGGAAAGACAAAGGACCGUGAUGCAAAGACACUGUGUACAGAGGGCUGUGAAGCCAUCUUGGACACAGGGACAUCACUCAUCACUGGCCCCAGCAAGGACAUCAAGGCCCUACAUGAAAUGCUGGGGGUCACCAGCUCUUUUGGGGGGCAGUACAUCAUUGACUGUGACAAGAUCCCGGAUAUGCCCAACAUCACCUUCAACAUUGCAGGGAAGGGCUUCAACCUGAUGGCAGAGCAGUAUGUGCUCCAGGUGACCCAGGUGGGAAUAGACAUCUGCAUCAGUGGGCUCACAUCCCUGGACAUCCCAGCCCCCGCCGGGCCCCUCUGGAUCCUGGGUGACGUGUUUCUUGUCAACUACUACUCUGUCUACGACAGGGACCACAACCGCGUCGGGCUGGCUCAAGCCAAGUGAGCUCCCCACCUGCCCCAGGCUCCAUGCAAGAGGGGCCCAGCCCAGCCCCAGGCACCUCCACACAUCACACAAGACUCAGAGGGGCUGUGUGGGGCCACAGGAUGCCUGGGUUCUAUCGCAGCUCUGGCAGUAGGAAAGGGUGUAGUGGGCUUCAGCAAAGGGGCUGGUUUUACCCCAGUUCUGGGAGGGGAAUGGGGUCUGAUGGAUUAGAGCAGGGGGCUGGGUGCCAGGACUCCUGGGUUCUAUUGCAGCUCUGGAAAAAGUGUCUAAUGAAUUAAAUCAUACAGUUCAGGGGGCAGGGGACUCUAGGAGGGAAGUGGGGUCUGGUGUGUUAAACCAGGGAGGGUGAGGGUAGAGAGCCAGGAUGCCCGAGUUCUCUUGCAGCUCUGGAAAUUGAAAGAGGGUCUGAUGCAAGGGUGGGCAGUUAUUUCAGCUGGAGGGCCUCUUAACGACUUGUGGUGAGCUGUUGAGGGCUGCACAUGCAACAUCUUUCAGAAGGAAUCAUUCUAACAUAUUACAGAUAAAAAAAAUCAUAGACUAAAAAUCAAACAUCUACUGUAACAUAUUGUAAUUUUAUUUAAAAAAAAAUAUUUUUUGCCCUGAUUUGUUUUUUUGAGUAGAGGAUAUAGAUGUGAUUGCAUAAUA